AUGAGACAAGGGGUUUCUUUCAGUCUAACCCUUCCAUUUACUCUACUUUUGCUUCUCUGUGUAUAUGAGUCCCGUGGCGGUUCAGUUAGGAAUACGGAAGCAAUAGCUCCUGAUAUCUCAUCCAGUGUAAACCCUCAGCCUUUUCUUCCUUUACUAGCCCCUUCACCAUUGACGGCAUUCACAAAUUACAGCAUCCCGAAAUUAUCAGGACUUUGUACAUUAAAUUUUUCAGCGGCUGGAAAUAUGAUGAGUGUAACGGCAACUGACUGCUGGGCUUCCUUUGCACCCUUGUUGGCGGAUGUGGUUUGUUGUCCUCAGUUUGAUGCCACCUUAGCGACUCUUAUAGGGCAAUACAGUAAAUACUCUAGGAUGCUCACUUUGAAUGUGACCCAUGCAAAGCACUGCCUCUCAGAUGUUGAGAAGAUCCUAGAGGGUCAAGGAACAAACGAGAAUAUUCAAAAGAUAUGCUCAAUUGAACCAGAAACCCUCACUGGAGCUUCUUGUCCUGUUAUAGAGGUUGAUACAUUUGAGAGCACUGUGGAUUCUUCAAAACUACUUGGCGCUUGCAGAAAAAUUGAUAUUGUCAAUGAGUGUUGUGACCAAGUUUGCCAGAGUGCCAUAUUAGAUGCUGCUAGAACAAUUGCCGCGAUUGGUAUGCCAAAUUCAAAAGGGGUCAAUAUAUUGCCUGAACACUCAACUAGGAUUGAUGAUUGUAAGAAUAUUGUCCUGCGAUGGCUGGCCAGUAACCUUGAUCCUUCUUCUGCGAAUAAGGUUCUUAGAGGACUUUCAAAUUGCAAAGUAAAUAAAGUUUGUCCUCUGGUUUUCCCCAACAUGACAAAUGUUGUGAAAGAAUGUGCAAAUGGGAUAAGUAAUCAGACAGCAUGCUGCAAAGCAAUGGAUAGUUAUGUUUCUCAGUUGCAACAACAGAGUUUCAUUACAAACUUGCAGGCCUUGAAUUGUGCAGCAUCACUUGGAGUGAAGUUGCAGAAAGCUAAUGUAUCCGACAAUGUUUAUAAUCUUUGUCAUAUAAAUCUAAAAGACUUCUCUCUUCAAGUUGGAUCACAAGAAUAUGGCUGCCUUCUGCCAAGCUUGCCUUCAGAUGCAACUUAUGAUAUAACUUCGGGAAUCAGCUUCAUUUGUGAUCUUAAUGACAACAUUGCGGCUCCGUGGCCCUCUUCCUCUUCUGAACAUCCAUCAUCUUGCAAGAAAACAACCAAACUUCCAGCAGUACCCAAAGCAACAUCUGCACAAAGUGAGGUUGAUACGUUUGAGAGCACUGUGGAUUCUUCAAAACUACUUGGCGCUUGCAGAAAAGUUGAUCCUGUCAAUGAGUGUUGUGACCAAGUUUGCCAGAAUGCCAUUUUAGAUGCUGCUUGA